UCAGCGGGCUGCUGCACCGUCCUCUCAUUCUUCGGCGUCAUCAUCCUCUCAGUGUUCGGCUACUUCUUUGCGCAUCGCGCAGAGGGGCUCACAGGCUCCAAGGAGGACCCGGAGGACCCCGAUUUCGUCGCUAAGAUCUGCUACACGUCUGCGAUCGUGUACGCCGUAUUCGUCGUGUUCUGUGGCUUGCAGGUAAGUGUU